ACCACGUGGGCGCGCUGGGCACUGCGGGGCAUUGGCGCCGCCGCCGCGAUCGCAGCAGCGGCUGGGGCGGCUGCCUGCCUGGCUGGGCGGCGGGAUCAUGGCGGGGCAGUCGUCCUCACUCAGCUACGUGGGCUGCAACUUCCUCCGGCAGAGGCUGGUGCUGGCCACGCUGAGCGGGAGGCCGGUGAAAAUCCGCCAGAUCCGGGCCAAGGAGGAGGAUCCCGGCCUCAGAGAUUUUGAAGCAAGUUUUAUACGGCUGAUUGACAAAGUGACCAAUGGCUCUAGAAUUGAAAUAAAUCAAACAGGAACCACAUUAUAUUAUCAACCCGGCCUUCUAUAUGGGGGUUCCUUGGAACAUGACUGCAGCCCCAACCGUAGCAUUGGUUAUUAUUUGGAAAGUCUGUUGUGCCUGGCACCUUUUGUGAAGCAUCCAUUAAGAAUUAUCCUCAGGGGAGUAACAAAUGAUCAAGUUGAUCCUUCAGUAGAUGUCCUUAAGGCAACAGCUCUUCCCUUGUUGAAAAAAUUUGGAAUUGAUGGUGAAAGUUUGGAGUUGAAGAUCACCAGAAGAGGAAUGCCCCCCAAAGGGGGUGGGGAGGUGGUAUUUUCCUGUCCAGUAAGGAAAGCCUUGCAGCCCAUUCAGUUCACAGAUCCUGGCAAGAUCAAGCGCAUCAGAGGAACAGCAUUUUCAGUCAGAGUGUCACCACAGAUGGUGAACAGAAUCGUGGAUUCGGCACGAAGCAUCCUAAAUAAGUUCAUUCCAGAUAUAUAUAUCUACACGGAUCACAUGAAGGGGACCAGUUCUGGAAAGUCUCCAGGUUUUGGCCUGUCUCUUGUUGCAGAAACCAUCAAUGGCACUUUUCUCAGUGCUGAAUUGGCUUCUAACCCUCAGGGCCAGGGAGCUGCUGUACUCCCAGAAGAACUUGGUCAGAACUGUGCAAAGCUGUUGCUGGAGGAGAUUUACAGAGGAGGUUGCGUAGAUUCAACAAACCAGAGCCUGGUUCUGCUCCUCAUGACCCUCGGACAGCAGGAUGUUUCCAAAGUCCUGCUAGGGCCACUGUCUCCAUACACAAUUGAGUUUCUGCGACAUUUGAGAAGUUUCUUCCAGAUUAUGUUUAAGAUUGAAACCAAAUCAUCUGAUGAAGAGCGCAAAGGUGGAGAGAAAGUCUUAAUGACAUGUGUUGGCAUUGGAUUUUCCAACCUUAACAAGACAAUAAAGUGAUAAACAUCUGCUGAAAUACUGAAAUGUGAAGUCAAAAGUGAUGCAAAAAAGAUUUGGUUUAACUUUGUAGAUAUAAAAUGUUUGUGCCUAUACCAUUUUCCUUUUCCCCCCAGACUUAAGGGUUGCUGUUACUGACUUGAAAAAUAUUUAGUUUUCACUUCUACCGUUUUUGUGAAAAAGUUAAUGAGGGAAAAGCAAGAAAACUGACCACAAGAGAAAUAUGAUGCAAAAUGAUGUACCAAAAUGGAGGUGGAGUUGUAAGGCCACUUUAAAGUAGCACCUAAACUGAGGCAAGGUACAAGCUAGGGCAAGUCACUGGCUUAUAGAUUUCACAUACAGAGAGUUUGUCAAGUGCCUUGAUCCUGCAAACACUCAUGUAGUCCCAUGAUCUUCAACAGGACUUUGCUCAAACAAAUGAAAGCUACACAUACAUAAGUGUUUGUAAGACUGCAGCCUGAGUCUUGUAUGGAGACUCUGGCUCUUGAAUAAGAGCCUUCAGGUGCAUGCAGAAGCUCCUCCAGAUUCACUAGCUUUGGAUGAAAUCCUAAAUGUUCAAAUUCAGUGCACUGCAGGUCUGGGGAAUAAGGAAAAAA